AUGGCUACCACUCCCGUCUGGUUCAUCACAGCGGCCUCCUCAGGUUUUGGUCUUGAGAUGGCAAAAGCUGCUUUACAAAAGGGUCACAAGGUCGUUGCAACUGCUCGAUCGAUUGACCGGAUCCAGGAACUUGCCACUCUCGGUGCCGACAUCAUGACCUUUGAUGUCACAUCAUCAUUGGAGAGCAUGAGAGCGACAGCUAAAGCGGUGUUUGAUAAGUACGGUCGAGUCGACUACUUGAUCAAUGCCGCUGGAUUCUUGCUCGAAGGCGCCACCGAAGAAGUCAACGAUGAAGAAAUCCUCCAAAGCUUCAAUAUCAACGUCUUUGGCGUCAUGCGCACCGUCAAGGCCUUCUUACCACAUAUACGUGGGCAGCCCAUUGGUGCAAAUGGAAAAAGGUCGACCAUUGCAACCUUCGGCAGCUUGGCUAGCUGGAACGGUGGUCCAUCGUACUCGGUUUACGCCAUGACCAAGGCUAGCUGCUCGUCGCUCGCCGAGUCGCUAAGUCUCGAGCUGGCACCAUUCAAUAUUGUCAGCACCACGAUCGAGCCUGGCUACUUCCGCACUGGAUUCCUCAACUCUGGUGCCCGUAAGUCCGCAGAUGAACGAAUUGAGGUAUAUGAAGACGCGACCACCCCGGCAGGCCAACUUCGUGAAGCACUGGGUGCGAUUGAUAACAAUCAACCGGGUGACCCUGUAAAGGGUUCGAUUUUGACGGUGGAUAUUUUGACACAAAGCGGUGUUGCUGCAGGCAAAGAGGUUCCAGUCAGGAUUGUCUUAGGCACUGACAACUAUGAGUUCAUCAAGAACAAGCUUCAGACAACGCAAGAGAUCUUGGAUCAGUGGAAGGACGCUAUUUGCAGCACAGAUUAUACCAAAUAA